UCUGCAGGUGAAUCUCUUAAAAAUAUAACACAAUCGCUCAUACAUGGGUACUAUUUAAAUGCUUGCCCGCUGGUCUAAAAGUAUUAGAUCAGUCAAUCGCGUAUUGGUACUUCUAUGAAAGUGAAAAUGACUUCUCCAACUUCUUCAGAUAUUCGAGCGGCCGUAUUGCAGUUGUCCGUCACUACCGACAAAUCAGCAAACAUAGCCAUCGCCGUGAAGCGUAUACAGCAAGCCAAGUCGAAUGGUUGCACAUUAGCCGUACUACCAGAAUGUUUCACUACACCAUACGAUAAUACUUUGUUUAGAAAAUACGCUGAAAUCAUUCCUGAUGGUGAAACGUGCAAAGCCUUGUCACAAGCUGCCAAGUCAAAUAAAAUGUACGUUGUAGGUGGUUCAAUCCCAGAGUUAUGUGAUGACAAAGUCUACAACACGUGCACGGUUUGGGAUCCGAAUGGAAACCUAAUAGCCAAACAUAGAAAAGUACAUUUAUUUGAUGUAAAUAUCCCCGGUAGUACCUGCUUCAAAGAAUCUAAUGGUAUGUCUCCAGGAAAUACACUUAAUACGUUCCAAAUUGGAAAAUUAAAGGUUGGAUUGGGCAUUUGUCAUGACAUGAGAUUUUCAGAAAUGGCAGCGUUAUACCAAAAACAAGGAUGUGAUUUGUUGAUAUACCCUGGUGCUUUCUGCACGGAGCUUGGACCACCACAUUGGAGCUUAUUACUUAGAUUCCGAGCAUUGGAAAAUCAAACAUUUGUAAUUGCUGCUUCGCCGGCCAGAGACACUAAAUCUAAUUACGUAGCAUGGGGACAUUCAAUGGUUGUGGAUCCCUGGGGUAAAGUUGUAGAAGAAGCUAAUGAAAAGGAUAUGGAUUUAUAUGUAGAUCUUGAUUUUACAAUUCGGGAAAACAUUAAACGGCAAAUACCCACUGGAAAUCAAAGAAGAACCGACAUAUACGACACAAUUGAUGUGAAAAAUAAAAAAUAACACAACUUUGGUUGAUUGACUGAGACCUAAGCUAUAUAAUAUAGUCUAAAUGGAAUUUUUGGAAAUUGGAACAUGGCAAUUAUUUUAAUCAUAUAUUUUUAGAAAGUUAAUAGUUAUAGUAAGAAAAAAAAUGUAAAAAGUAAAAACUGAUUAAUCAAUUAAAUAAAAGCAAAUAUCUAUAGUA